UAAGACCAUAAUAAGGAAGAAGAGCCUUUUUCCAAUUGGUGUAUAGUACAACAACAAUCAGGCAAUUUCUGCGCAAAGAGCUUUGAGGAGCAAUUCCAAGAGAAGCAUAAGCAACUAACAUUAAAGUCAUCAUAUCAUAGCCACUGAAUGAAAAUACAAAGGUGGCCAACAUGUAGCAUGGUAAUAGACAGGUGGCCAACAUGGAGCGUGGACUGCCCAAAGCAAGGAUAAUAUUGACCAGAUGUGACCAAGUGAGAGGGAUUGUUGGGAAAAGGUUAGAGGCAUGCAUUGAAGAAAAGAAAAAAGAGAAGAUCAAAUCGAAAAACAAACGUAACGUAGUAAAUGGGAUCCCGAUCGCAAUCCCAACAGAAUCCUCUUCCAAGGUAAACUCUUCUCCGGAGUUGGAAUUUGUAAGAAAGUCAUCUUUAAAUAAUGUAAACAUUUGUAUACUUGAACUCAUAAAACAGGAAGAUAAUGAUGGAUCUACUGAUAUGGUAAAGGCUGAUGUCAACCAGGACAAUGUUCUUGAUAGUAAUCAACAGUCACCAACAAUAUAUGAAAACAGAAAAACAAACAAGGCUUUAACCAAACCAACAAAGAACAUGAGAGGUAGAAAGAACAAGGUCAACAUCAUUAGAUGUGAUGUUUGUUCAAAAGAAUCAGGAAGCAAAUCAAAACUUGUAAGACAUAUGAGAACUCAUACUGGUGAGAAAACAUUUAAAUGUGAUAUCUGCUUGAAAGUGUUCUCAGUUAAGUCAUCUCUUACUACACACAAACACAUACACACUGGUGAGAGACCAUAUAAAUGUGAUGUCUGCUCUAAGGCAUUUUCACGAAGGAGUCUUCUUGUGAAACACAAUCUCAUACACACAGAUGAAAGACCAUAUAAAUACGAUGUCUGCUCUGAAGCAUUUUCAGAAAAUUCAUCUCUAACUAAACACAAACUUAUACACACAAGUGAACGCCCAUAUAAAUGUGAAAUCUGCAUGAAAUCAUUUUUAAAAAAAUCCUCUCUAACUCAACACAAUCGCAUACACACAGGUGAAAGACCACAUAAAUGUGAUGUUUGUUCGAAAACAUUUUCACGAAGGAGUGAUCUUGUUACACACAAACGGAUACACACAGGUGAAAGACCAUAUAAAUGUGAUGUCUGCAUGAGAUCAUUUUCACAAAACUCAUCUCUAACUCAACACAAUCUCAUACACACUGGUGAAAGACCACAUAAAUGUGAAAUCUGCAUGAAAUCAUUUUUAGAAAACUCCUCUCUAACUCUACACAAUCGAAUACACACAGGUGAAAGACCACAUAAAUGUGAUGUUUGUUCUAAGGCAUUUUCACGAAGGAG